GAAGAGGAGGAGGAGGGGAGGCAAAAGAAAAAAAAGAGAGAAACAACAUCCAACAACUAGAGGGGGGCGAAAAAAAAAAGAAAGAAACCCACCUACCCACCCACCAAAAAAAGAAAAGAAACAACAACAACAAAAAACCCGGUGGCGCGCCGCCUGGUUCCCGGGAAGACUCGCCAGCACCAGGGGGUGGGGGAGUGCGAGCUGAAAGCUUCUGGAGAGUGAGCAGCCCUAGCAGGGAUGGACAUGAUGCUGUUGGUGCAGGGUGCUUGUUGCUCGAACCAGUGGCUGGCGGCGGUGCUCCUCAGCCUGUGCUGCCUGCUACCCUCCUGUCUCCCGGCUGGACAGAGUGUGGACUUCCCCUGGGCGGCUGUGGACAACAUGAUGGUCAGAAAAGGGGACACGGCGGUGCUUAGGUGUUAUUUGGAAGAUGGAGCUUCAAAGGGUGCCUGGCUGAACCGGUCAAGUAUUAUUUUUGCGGGAGGUGAUAAGUGGUCCGUGGAUCCUCGAGUUUCAAUUUCAACAUUGAAUAAAAGGGACUACAGCCUCCAGAUACAGAACGUGGACGUAACAGACGAUGGCCCGUACACGUGUUCUGUUCAGACUCAGCAUACACCGAGGACAAUGCAGGUGCAUCUCACUGUGCAAGUUCCUCCGAAGAUAUAUGACAUCUCAAACGAUAUGACCAUCAAUGAAGGAACCAAUGUCACGCUCACUUGCUUGGCCACUGGGAAACCAGAGCCUUCCAUUUCUUGGCGGCACAUCUCCCCGUCAGCAAAACCGUUUGAAAAUGGACAAUAUUUGGACAUAUAUGGAAUUACCAGGGACCAGGCUGGAGAAUAUGAAUGCAGUGCAGAAAACGACGUGUCAUUCCCAGAUGUGAAAAAAGUAAAAGUUGUCGUAAACUUUGCUCCUACGAUUCAGGAAAUUAAAUCUGGCACCGUGGCCCCGGGACGCAGUGGAUUGAUACGAUGCGAAGGUGCAGGUGUGCCGCCUCCAGCGUUUGAAUGGUACAAAGGAGAAAAGAAGCUCUUCAAUGGCCAACAAGGAAUUAUCAUUCAAAAUUUUAGCACAAGAUCUAUUCUCACUGUUACCAAUGUGACACAGGAGCACUUCGGCAACUAUACUUGUGUGGCUGCCAACAAGCUAGGCACAACCAAUGCGAGCCUGCCUCUCAACCCUCCAAGUACAGCCCAGUAUGGAAUUACCGGGAGUGCCGACGUUCUUUUCUCCUGCUGGUACCUUGUGUUGACACUGUCCUCUUUCACCAGCAUAUUCUACCUGAAGAAUGCCAUUCUACAAUAAAUUUAAAGACCCAUAAAAGGCUUUUAAGGAUUCUCUGAAAGUGCUGAUGGCUGGAUCCAAUCUGGUACAGUUUGUUAAAAGCAGCGUGGGAUAUAAUCAGCAGUGCUUACACGGGGAUGAUGGUCUUCUGUAGAGUUGCUCAUUAUGUAAAUACUUUAAUUCUACCCUUUUUUGAUUAGCUACAUUACCUUGUGAAGCAGUACACAUUGUCCUUUUUUUAAGACGUGAAGGCUCUGAAAUUACUUUUAGAGGAUAUUAAUUGUGAUUUCAUGUUUGUACUCUACAACUUUUCAGAAGCAUUCAGUCAUGGUCUGCUAGGUUGCAGGCUGUAGUUUACAAAAAAACGAAUAUUGCAGUGACUAUGGGAUUCUUUAAGGCUGCAAUACAAGCAUUCAUUUCCCUGUUUCAAUCAGAAUCAAUCCACAUUUACAACGAUGCAUUUUUUUUCCUUCUUUGAUAAAAAAGCAAAUAAUAUUGCCUUCAGAUCAUUUCUUCAAACUAUAACACAUAUCUAGAUUUUUCUGCUCGCAUGAUAUUCAGGUUUCAGGAAUGAGCCUUGUAAUAUAACUGGCUGUGCAGCUCUGCUUGUUUCCUGUAAGUUCAGCAUGGGUGUGCCUUCAUAAAAUACUACUUUUCUCUUCGUCUCCAAAAACAUUUUGCCAAAUCCUACAACUGAAAGCAAACAUAAACACAGUGAUCAAGUUAAGCUAUGUCCUAUCUCUGAAGAAGGAACAAGCUAUUGGACUGUAAAAAUUUCUUCCAUCAUUACCAAUGGUGUUUGAGAAUUUUGCCCCACAGUCACUCAGAUUUGUGAUGAAAAACAACAGGUAAAUUUACUGUAUUUCUUUAGUUGUAGCUAAAUGUUAGAAAAACUUUGGGAAAUAAUUCCCUUUGUAAAGACAGCACAGUCCAUCGAAGAGAUUGCCGAGCAAUCCCAUGUCUUUUCCUGUCACUAUUCCAAGCCAACAUUUUAAAGAUGGCUUUUCAGAAAGGACACAAAGUCCAAUCACCUAACAAAACACCAGUUGGUAAGCACUCAGAAUUAAUUUGGUUCUAUGGCAGGUAAGUUGGUAAGAUAAGGUGCUCCUCUGGAGAAGAGUAUUUUGCAUAUUUUUUAUCUGAAAACAUCACUCAGUUGAUAGUUUGGAAUGCACAUUAUAUAGAACAUUUUCAAAAUACAUUAUAACAAAUAUUCCAUGCUGGUAUGCAGCAGAUCAAUCUCUGAAAUAACUAAUUCUAUAAUAAAAUCUUUCUCUAUAGCCAUGUCAGCUCAAACAAAUAAAGCCAAAAAAAAAUUACCCACUUUAUUUCUUCCUACAUGAUACAUGUAUGAUCAAAUGAAGAUGAGACCAGUGAUGAGAAUAUCUUAAGAUAUAUUAAUUAUAAAAUUAUCAUGCAUAUUAAAUUAUUUCUGUUAUAAAGAAUCAAAACUACAUUUUUGAAGGAAAGUGCUGUUGCUUUAGGAAGUAUUAUAUAACAGGAAUAGUUUGAUGGUUUUAUUCUUUACUAAAGACCAUAGCCUUGAAAGUCAUUUUACAAGCUUGAUGAAGUUACCAAUUUCACUACACCUAGAGAGAUUUCUGCAAAUAGACAGUCCCCUUUUACAACUCAUAAAAACAACAAAAAAAGCCCAUUAAUAAAGUUAAAUACAAGAAAUUUCACAGAAGUUGUACAUAUUUAACGUAUCUAAUAUUUUGCCCUAAAAGAGAUGACUUGAAAAUCAUGAUUUCUCCAAGUAAAAUUUAGUCCCAAAGUAUAUCGUAAAUCUAAUUAGAAAAAUGAAUCCUAAAUAAUGAGGCAUAAAUAUACAAUGUUUCCAUAAAAUGACAAUAAUAUGGCAUAAUGCUAUUAAAUUUCCUCAUGUAAUAAUUUAUUAUAUUACUUUGAAUGACAUAUUAAAAAUUUUUUAACAUGGCAUUUUAACUUUAUUAUUGAUUUGCUUCUUAAAAAUAUUCUAUGUGGAACUGGUAAGUAAAUUACAGAAUAUUUUUUUGUAUUGCAGCUUUAAAGUGGCACACUCCAUUAUAAUCUACUUACUAGAAAUAGUGGUGCUACCACAGAAGUGUUAACCAUCAGUACCAUUGUUCGGGAGAAAGAAACAGAUCAAGAAUGCAUAUUAUACAGUGACCGCUUUCCUAGAGUUAAAAAUACCUCCUCUUUGUAAGGUUUGUAGGGUAAAUGUGAGGUAAAUCGAGAUAUAAACUAUGGAUGAACCAAAUAAUUAGUUCAAAGUGUUGUCAUGAUUCCGAAUUUGUGGAGUCUGGUGUUAUUACCAUAGAAUGUGACAGAAGUACAGUCAUAGCUCAGUAGCCAUAUGUAUUUGCCUUUAUGUUAGAAGAGACUUUCUUGAGUGACAUUUUUAAAUAGAGGAGGUAUUGACUAUGUUUUUCUGUAUCACAGCAGCAUUCCUAGUCCUUAGGCCCCUGGACAGAGUGAAAUCAUGAGUAUUUAUGAGUUCAGUAUUGUUCAAAUAAGGCUACAGUAUUUGCUUUUUUGUGUGAAUGUAUUGCAUAUAAUGUUCAAGUAGAUGAUUUUUACAUUUAUGGACAUAUGAAACAUCUGAUUACUCCAUUUUAUCAGUCCUGACUGUACAAGAUUGUUGCAAUUUCAGAAUAGCAGUUUUAUGAAAUUGAUUUACCUUUUGAUCUAUAAUAAUUUCUUUCUAGCUAUUCAUUUCAGCACUAUAUUUCCACAAGUUACAUUUGUGGGAUUUCUUUUGUUCCCCUGAAUUUUUUGUUGAAGAAAGAAGAAAGAAAAAUAAAUAGCAGCUGAGAAAGGAGAGUGGAAGGAAAAGAAAAAGGCAGAAAAGGGAAGGAAGUAAAGAGAGAGGAAAUAAAGAAGGAAGAAAGCAGGAAAGGAGGGAGAGAAAAAGAAGGAAGGGAGGGAGGAAGAAAGGAAAUAGGAAAGGGAGGAAAGAAGGAAGGAUGGAAGAGAGGGAGGGAGAACCAGAAUAUUAGGGUAAUAGACUUAAUUCAUUUGCAUUCUUGGUUUAACUGCAAGUGGUGUAAUUAUGUUUUACAAUGAUCCUAUUUGAAAUGUAAGUCCUGUUACACCAUUAAAUUCCUAUUAUACAGCAAUUAUAUGAUGAAAAAUACUGCCCAAAUUAUAGUAUUGUGUAUUUGGGGGGACUCUAAAAGAUUUGAGAGAGCAAAUGUCAAACUUCAAGCUAAUUUUGGGGGUUUAAAACUUAACUGAAAAAUUAAUGCUUCAUCAUAACAUUUAAGCUGUAUCUAGAAAGUAGACUGGAGAACUGAGAAAAUUACAAACCCAGAUAAUUCAGGACAAUAUAUAUAUACAUAUAAAUACCCCAAUGUGUGAACUCAGAAAACGCUGAGAAAUUUAUCAAAGCCAAUCAUCUAUAUUGAUCAAAUUUAUUGAACAAUUGUUAAUACAUCUAUUGUACUUAGCUUUGUGACACAGCCAAAAGUUACCUAUUUAAUCUUUUCAAUAAAAAUUGUUUUUGAAAUUCAGAAAUGAUUUAAAAAGAGGUCAGGUUUUUAACUAUUUAUUGAAGUAUGUGGAUGUACAGUAUUUCAAUAGAUAUGAAUAUGAAUAAAUGGUAUGCCUUAAGAUCCUUUGAAUAUGUAUUUACUUUAAAGACUGGAAAAAAGCUCUUCCUGUCUUUUAGUAAAACAUCCAUAUUUCAUAAUCUUAUGUAAAAUAUGUUGUACUGUUUCCAAUAGGUGAAUAUAAAGUCAGUUUAUCAAUUAAAAUAUGUAUUUGAUUCAUUUUAAAACUCUUAUUAGUUUAAGAGAAAAAAAGGAAAAAGUAAUAUUUAAACAUAUUUCUGCCAUUCCCUUCUUUAUUUUUUGCUUCAUUCACUGUACCACACUCACAUCUUUCAGGUACUCCAAAGCAAUACAGGGUGAAAAUAUGGGAUGCUACAGUGUCAAAGGGCACCACGUUGUAGUGUUUCUCUCUGCUGUUGAUUUCCAAAAGGUUUGACAAGCUGAACUGCGUCUAGUCUAAAGAAUUUUUCUGGAAAGAUUUUAUUAUCAAUUUAGAACUUUUCCCUGCUAAAACGCAGCAGAGUGAGCAACGGAGACUAAUGAUUAAAUCCUCUUCGUUUUAUAGGCUAAGCAUCUGAAAACUCAAAUGCCUGUAGGAGUCAGGCAGAGACCAUAAUAUCAUAAGACAGUUGGGUAUAAAACAGGGAGCAUAUACACCACCUCAAGGCAUUCAGGUACAAUAUUCUUUACAAAUUUGCUUUCCAAACAAAGCAUGAUUUGUCUGACAGCCCUUAGUUUGUGACUGCUAUGAUAUGUAAAUGAGAGCCAUCCCAAAUGAAUGAUUUAGGCCCUCUUCUCCAAAUCUGUCCAUCUAUGAUGAUCAACCAGAUAAAAAGCAGCAAUGUGGUAUAUAAAAAAACAAACAAACAGCAAACCAUGAAAAAAAAUCCAUGCUUGGUGUAAUAAACUAUUUUGAAAUAUGGGUGUCAUUGCUAUUCUAGGAAAACCAUAUCUACCAAACCCUCCCCCCCCCAAAAAAAAAAAAGAAAACACACUAAUAAACAUCUGAUUUUCCC